UAAAAAGCGUUAAGGCAAAGAAAGGAAGAAAGAGCGAACGGAAAGAAAAGCGCGAGAAAGAGAGAGAGAGGUGAGUCGGGUCGGCGUGUCAAGAGACCGAAUCAAAGACCAAAAAAUCUAAAAUCCCGCUUCCAAGGUCCAAUCCAUCCAAACGAAAAAAAACACAGGGGGGUUGGUGUGGCAAUAGCCAAAAAAUGGUGAACGAUGUCCUUUACCUCUAUCUUUCCUUUCUCAUUCUCAUCAUCGUUGUUAUUACAACUACUAUAUAUCCUUCUCUAACCCUGGCACUUCGUUAUCUUUUUAACAUUCUAACCCCUUUCUUUUCUCCUUCUCUACGAAAAUCCCUAUUUUUUUCACAUUCCCACCUAAUCUAUUUACCCUCCACUCUCCCUCUAAUCUCUUUCUCUCUGCUCUUUCGUCAUCAUCUUUUUUUAUUCUUUCUUCUCUAUCGACGGUUCCUCGAUUUCUUCUGUACGGCCAUAUCGACAAGUGAUUUGCGAUCUGUGCAGUAUAAAGUCACGUGUUUUGAUUUUCGUUCUUUUAGGAUUAGUGGUCUUGCUGGAUUGUCCUUCUGGUGAAAUUUGGUGAUAAUAACUUUAUUUCCAUGGAAGAGUUUUCCGGCUCUCAUUUUGAUGGUGUGAACAAUGCUGUGAGGAAGAAGAGGAGCCAAACUUCUCGUCGGCCUCGUCCUGAUUCACAGUCUUUUGCUGAAAGUCAAGAUAACUCGCCCUUGUCAUCAACACCUCCUUCAGAUGAUGUCAGCAAGGUCUCUAGUGAUGAGAAUGCUGGUGGUGAUGCUAAUUCAAAGCGGAAAGAGUUCAAUGUCAAUCAAUUUGUUUCUAGGAUUUCUUCUGCUGUUGGUUUUGAAGUUGAGAAAGCCCAUAAAAGAAAGAAAGAUGGAGAAUUCAACGCGUUUUACAACAAUGAGCCUCGCCGAAGUGGGUCAAACAGUAAGCGUUCCAGUGAGGGUGUACUAGCCCCUACUAAUUGGAAAAGAACAAGCAAGGAGAAGGAGUGGCUGGAAUUAGAAUCGAGGAAUAUAGAAAUAUAUGGUGGAAAGAAUGAUGAGAUUCAGAGUUCAGUGCAAGGAGCUGUUAUUGAUGUUAAUGAAAGCAAGGUUAAAAAAGUCAAGCUCAAGGUUGGUGGUGUUACACGCACAAUUCAUGCCAACUCGACAGCUAAUGGGUUUCCUGGGAAUGGGUCUUCUACAAGGAAGAGCAACCUUCAGGAAAGUACUGAUGAUGUUCACUCCCCUCUAGAUAAAAGGACUGGUUUGCAAGGAGUUCCCUGGAAAGAUUUCUCCAAGGGUGGUUUUAGUUUUGGGAAGGAGGAUUCUUUGAUGGGAAAGACGUCUGGAAAAAAUAUCUCUGGUAAACGAGAAGACCAGGCUGGCUUGGUUCGUAAAAGCAAGCGGGUCCCAAAGAGACGUGUACUGGAUGGGGAAUUUGGUGAGGAUGACGGGGAUGAUGAGAUCCGCUACUUGGAGAAACUUAAAACUUCAAAGAUAGGUCCAGCAUAUAAUGAAGAUGAAGAUGAAUCAGCUAAGAAACAGAAAAAACUCUCUAGGGUUUCCAACAUAGAAAACUUUGGCACUUCAAGGUCUAGCAAAGAUGAGAAAAGGAAGCACAGAUCAGAUAGGGUAUCCGAGGAUACAGACUAUGAGGAAGAAGAUGAACUAGUGUCUGGUAGUGAGCUUGAAGAUAAGAAGAAAAAGAAGCAGAGGAAAGAGUCUGUUGAUGCAUUGAUGGAGAGUAAGAGGGAAAUAACUCUCACAACACGUCAACGGGCCCUUCAGUCAAGCAAAGAUGCCUCUUCUGCCCCUAGCUCAAGCUUAAUUGAGUUUCCAAAUGGUUUACCACCUCCUCCAUCGAGAAAGCAAAAGCAGAAACUCUCAGAAGUGGAGCAGCAGCUAAAGAAGGCAGAGGCCGCUCAGAGACGAAGGAUGCAAGUUGAAAAGGCUGCUAGGGAGUCUGAGGCUGAGGCUAUUAGAAAAAUACUUGGCCAAGAUUCCAGCAGGAAGAAGAGGGAAGAGAAAAUGAAAAAGCGUCAGGAAGAAUUGGCACAGGAAAAGGCUGUCACUGCAGAGAUGCUCGCAUCAAAAACCAUCCGAUUGGUCAUGGGUCCUACAGGGACAACAGUCACAUUUCCCAGGGAUAUGGGUUUCCCUAGUAUCUUCGACUCCAAACCUUCUAGUUACCCUCCGCCACGUGAAAACUGUGCGGGUCCAUCGUGUGCUAAUUCAUACAAGUAUCGAGAUUCGAAGUCAAAGCUACCUCUUUGUAGUCUGCAGUGCUACAAAGCAAUUCAAGAACAGCUGCUGGCUGAAACUCCCUGCUAAUGUUGCUAAAAUCCAGUUCUAACCUCUGUGUAAGGUAUACAUGCAAUCAGAGAUCAAUAUGAUGGCAUAAUUUUCAACUUAGCAUAGAGAGAUUAAACUGAGUAUGUAUUCAUUGCCCUCCUUUACAGCUCAUUGAAAGGAUAUUCAGACGUUUUGUCCCUUCAAAUUAGUGAAAUUAAUCUUAUUACCGUUGACUGUCAAGUUGGAAGAAAGCACGAUACGUGGCUCGGAUUAUUUUUCCAAUAUUAACAGUGCAAGCAUGAAUAUGUAUACUAGAAAUUUCCUUGCAGAUAAUUUUAUUUAAAAAAAUUUAUUAUCUUGUAUGUUUUAAUGUAUGUCAAUAUUGAAUUAUUGAUGCAA